AUAUACAUGUAUGCAAUUAGAAACCUGAUCAAAUCAAGAAAUCAAGAACGCGCAGGUGUGCAGGCUCUACGUUCUUCAGGUGUGAGUGUUGGUUCUCAAGCUGCUGCUUUCUUUCAUCGAAAUGGAAAACCUGGAUUCCGCAUGGGAUGAAGAAGAAGAGGGCUGCCUCCCUAUCCCUCCACUUGAUGAUGGGGCUUUCUCUCCUUAUCAUCCCACCACAUUGGCUCUCUGUCAGUUCUUCGAUGAAAUUGAUGAGAAUGGAAAUGUUCGAGACAACUCGGGAACUUCUCGUGGUGGGAGGGAAAAGCAACAAACACAAUGUAGAGGCAAAGAAAUGAAGAGAUUAAUUGAAGUUCUGAAGCCAGAAGAACCCUCAAGCGAGCCUGAGGGACAUUCAAAACCAUGCUCCGACCAGAAGACAAGCCAAGAUUCGACCCCAGCCGAGGUAGAUGAGAAAGGAAGCUUCAAUCAGAAAGCCGGUGAUGAGAAAAACGCUGCGGUGGAAUCCAAAUUUGAAUAUACAAAGAGGAAACUCCAAGAAUCGUAUAAAAAUAUCGAGAACGCAAAGAAGCAGAGAAGGAUUCAGGUGAUCGACUUUCAACCUCAACCAAUGACUAAGCAAAUAGCUUCCCAUAAACUUUGGCAUCCCAGGUCCAAGAAGUGUAAUUCUCGUCUUCCCACAUCCAAGAAAUAUAAUUCACAUCUUGUGAUCGACCAACAUUAGCAAAAACCAGAUGGUUUGUUAUUUGUUUUUAAAAAAAUUAUUUCUAUUUCCUGUAUUGUAUGCAAUGCUUUAGUUGUACAAGGCGAUUAUGUCUAUUUCCUGUAAUCUAGAAACUCAUUAUACUACUAUUUGUCAAUAUAAAUACAAAUUGAAUUUCCAUA